GACAGAAAAGGAACACAAUUAAAGAACUGAUGGAUGAGAAUGGAAUAGAGUUCAAAGGGCAGGAGGAGGUUAUGAGUUGUUUCUGGCAGUAUUUGGAGAAGCUAUACUAGAGAGGGCAUAUUCAAAACAUGGAGGAUGUUUUAGCAGCAGUGGAGCCUAAAGUGACUCCCCAAAUGAAUCAAGAACUUUUGCCUCCUUUUACUAGGGAGGAAAUCUGGGAAGCUUUAAAGUUAAUGGUACCCACCAAAGCACCAGGCUCAGAUGGGAUGCCAGCCCUUUUCUUCCAAAAGAACUGGGCAGUGGUUGGGGAUACUGUUUGCUUGGAGCUACAGAGAAUCCUGAUAACAGGUCAGAUUCCUCGAUCUUUAAACCAUACCCUGUUGGCUAUGAUUCCUAAAACUCAGAAGCCAAGUUCUCCUAAGGACUUUAGACCUAUUGCACUAUGCAAGGUACUUUACAAAAUACUAUCCAAAGUGCUGGCCAAUAGGCUAAAGAGGAUCUUAAACGAGGUGAUCACUGAAACUCAGAGUGCCUUUGUUCCUGGAAGGAACAUUACAGACAACAUAAUGGUCGUUUUUGAGUGUUUUCACGCCAUGAAGAAUAGAAAGCAAGGGAGGAAGGGGUAUGUUGCAGCCAAACUGGACAUAGCCAAGGCAUAUGACAGGGUAGAAUGAGCUUUCCUGGAAGGGAUUAUGCUUAAACUGGGAUUUCAUGAAGACUGGGUUCAAUUAAUUAUGCAGUGUGUGUCUACUGUGACCUAUUCUGCUUUAAUAAAUGGCCACCAAACAGCUGUUAUUCAACCAACAAGAGGCUUAAGACAGGGGGACCCUAUAUCCCCCUAUCUAUUUCUGCUUUGUGCAGAAGGGUUGUCUGCUUUAACUAAAAAGCAGUGGAGGAGGGGAGAUUACAUGGGAUAAAAGUGAGUAACAAUGGCCCUAUGAUCACUCACCUUUUCUUUGCAGAUGACAGUAUCUUUUUAUUUGAGAAUAAGAAAGAAGAGGGUGAGGUGGUGAGGGAUAUUCUAAGCAAUUAUUAAAAAGCAUCGGGACAACAAGUCAGUCUUGCCAAAUCAGAACUAUCCUUCAGCACAAAUGUUGUGGACAGUGACAGACAGGAGAUGGCUGGAAUCCUAGGCAUGAAAACUGUCAUGUUUCACGACAAGUAUCUGGGCCUACCUACUGUAAUUGGAAGGGCAAAAAAAGCUGUGUUUUCUCACCUUAUUGAUAGAGUCCGAAACAAGAUCAAACACUGGAAAGGAAAACUCCUAUCUAAUGCAGCUAAAGAAGUACUCAUUAAAGCUGUGGCCCAAGCUCAAACACUAUAUGCUAUGUCAGUUUUCCUAAUCCCUCAGGGAGUGAUUCAGGAAAUACAGAGUAUGAUUGCCA